GUCACUCUGCUAAUAGCAACCAGCUCCCCGUGUCCCGGCCCGCUGACGCUCACAGCCUGCGGAGAUAGAGGCGGCGGCCGCUGACAGAAGCCAAAAUGGAUUGUUCAGAUGAAGAUCCCUUUAAUUAUGUAUCGCUGGAUUGCGUGCUCGACAUGUUCCCAGGAGAUUUAGAAUAUCAGCAUAUCCUUAAUGACAUUGAUGAGAAAUUGAAAGAUAACGCCCAAUGCAUGGAAGACUGCCUAGCAAAUUUACGAAUGGAAGUGAAUGAAAAGGCCGGUAGCGCUGUACCUAUGAACACUACAGACUGUCUCCAGUGGAUCAGUCAGUGCCAUAAAACAUCUCACAAAGUAUCUGAAACUGCCGAUGGUGAUGUUGUACAGUUUCUCAAAACCUUGCAAGAUUUACUGAAGAACCACGAGAACCAGGAAGAGAUGGUUCUACAGUUCCUGCUAGACUUGUAUAAUCAAUGUGGCAUUACCUUCACUUCCUCUCCCAGUGGAAGUGAAUUUUACUGUACAUCACAAACCUCUCUACAUGCUGUUGAUGACAGCUUCUCAGUGGAAAUACAGACUUUGUGGGAUGAAAUUCGACUGCAUCUUCGACGCUAUCUGUUUGCAAAACUGCAAGAAAAUAUGGACAUUUACACAUUAGAAUUAAAGAUUAAGGUGAAAACACAAUGUUUUCAACAGCUUUUUUAUAUUUAUCCUGAAUCUGAUGUCCUCUUGAAAUAUCAGAAUCUUCGACAAAACAGCAUUUUGAGUCUUCUACACAACCCCGGUAACAGACAGAUUGAACAUGUACUUCAACUUUACCAAGAUGCAAUCCCCAAGGUGUUCUCAAUGAUAAAAGAAGACCUAUGCACAUUAAGCCAUGCGGUAGACACUCCAUUAAUAAUUAAGUUUAUCAAUGAGACAUUUUUUGAAUUGAUAACUGAAGAGAUGAAAACAUUUUUUGAAAUACUUUAUGCGGAAAAUACAGAAGAACACACUGCCCCUCCAAAGCACAGCAAGAGAAGACACAAGCAGAGAGUACAUGCCUUUGUCCCUGGUACAGGGGAUCACCUGCGGAAAAAUGAGAAAUAUUUAACUUUUGGUCACCUGAAAUAUCUAUCCAAAUUUAUCAAAAUCUUUUUGUGGCUUGAAGAAAAAGUGGAAGAAUCGAUUUCUGAAAUACAGUUGUUUCCAAACUCUAGUGAUAUAAAGGGAAAUAUGCAAGGAAUUUCCAAGAAUGACUGCAGUGAGAGUAAACCAAGGGAAACCCAUGUCUUGGAUGAGGAUUCUCUACUGAUGAAGGAAAUGCCUACCUUGAAAUUUGGUUGGAGGAAUACCUUGAAAGCCUUAUCAGAGUCUCUGCUGCAAUGCCUACCAACCGAACUGGAAGAUUUUUCUAUUCAAAUUCUGCAACGUGAAAAUGAAGAGUAUUCUCCCAUCAGUGGCUUUAUGAUCAGUCUUAUUAGCAUCUAUAAAUCAUAUGAGUUCUAUGGAGCCAUAUCAGAUGAGCAAAAGCCAAAGAAAAUUGCAAAGUUUUGCUUUGAAAUUACAGAAGAAUUUGACUUACUUCUUCCACUGGCUUUGGCAUGUAGAGGUGAUUCUCUAAAGGAAAUAAAGACAUGUUUUGUAGAAGGCUUCAGCAAAGUAGCAGCAUUGGUCCUAAACCGACUGGAAGAGCGCAUGGAGGAUAUCCCAUCCAAAGCUCCGAUGCAAUCCAUGUUUGCUGCUCUCUCCUCUGCCGUCCAUGUUCUUCAUCAUUUAAACUUUUAUUGUGACCAACUGAGUAAGAAACCCUUGUUUCUUGCUGCUGUCCAGCAAUACCAGGAAUUCAUCAGCGACCUCCAGAUUCAAGUUACUAAUUACUGCGUCAACAUUUGUGCCACGAGUAUUUUUCACGAUGCAGAGAGCCAUCACUGGGAUGACAACAAGGCAUUUUAUGAGGGCGAACGAUGUUCAUUCUCCAUCCAGAUGUGGCAUUAUUUUUGUUGUGGACUUCGUCAUGACUUAUGGACUGUGCUACCUCCCUUUAUGGCCUGGACAAUUCUUCAGGACGUAGUGGAGCAAACCUUGGCUUUGUUAACCUUCAGAUACUCUCAGGUUAGCCCCAACUACAAGCGAGCUUCACAAAUAAGAGUUGAUGUCAUGGCCAUCCUUUCAAGUGUGGAGAAUGUUCUGUGGUCAUUAUGCACCUCGGUCCAGGAACUUAUAAAUCCAACAGAGCAUGCCAAGAGCAGGAUUUUCAAGAUUCACAAUCACUGUAAUAGUCUACUUUCCAUCCUUGCCAUCUUGACAUCCCCCCUAGGGACCUUACAUGAGGUCUGUAAGAAGAUCUUCAUAGAAAUGGAAUCAAACACAUCAGAAGCAGCAGCUGGAGACCCCCUGCACUGGCUUACUGUAAUUAAACCGAAUUUCUUCCCUCCUUCCGCUGGAACUCCAUCAGCAGGAAAAAUGGCAGUCCAGGGUCAGCUGAAACUACUCUUAUCCCAACCAUGCUGUAAUUGGAACUUGCUUUUGGAAACACUGCUGCAUCCUGAUUGUCUCAUUGCAAGAACUUUGCUGACUUACUCAAUCACUGAAAGACUGGAAGCCAGUGAUGAUGACUUAUUGCUGGAAAGACAGAGCAAUGAAGAACAAAAUUUAACAGAAGCAAUCUUGACGGUAUUCUCCUGCUGUAGCCUAUCACCUAAAUCUUUUACUAUCCUCCUGGAAAAACACAUGGAUCAAGAAAAUCUUUGGGAUUUCUUGUGCGUCCGAAAAGUUCAUUCAUGCAGAAAUCCUUUGCCCCAAGUGAUCCGAUACUUACGCAGAACCCUCAUGAGAUCCGUGGCAGGCACUGUGAAGCAGGUAACCUACCUCAUUCUCUCCAACGAGCCAGUGGGUCAUGAAUCUUCUUCACAUAAGUACAACGUUCCUGAUCAUUUAAUGAAAGCCGUGCCAGAGAAGUGGAACUUCACACCGAGAGAAACCCUGCUAAAAAAGACUCACAAAAGCAUUACAAGACUGACAGCAGAAGCCGUUUCCAUUGUUAUUGACAAGCUUCCUUCAAUAAUUGCAUGUCUGCCAUCCCCGAUAAAGUAUUUCUAUUCAUUCUCCAAGGGAAAAAUAUCUGAACAGUAUGCAACAGUAAAGGAGAUGGGAGUACUACUAUGGAACCUAGUGGCUAUUAUCUGUGAAAUACUUGAAGACGGUAACACCGUAGAGCAUAUGACCCACUCCACUCUCUCUAGGUGGAGUAAGGAGAGGCUGGCUGCCACUUGUCAUUGUUUGGAAAGGACAAUAGGAAAAAUCACAAGUGAUCCCAAUAACAUAUCACAAAGAGUCCUGAAAAACAUUGAGAAACAACGACCAGCAUGGAUUAAACAGCAGUUGCAAAGAGCUAGAAUUCUGAGCAUGGAAUGCUUCUCCGCGAUGCAGGUAGACGGUUCAGUAUUGAAAAACCACGGCAGCAGGUUUGAAUUGACUGAGCAGAAAAUAAACUUGAUGGCCCUGAAUAUGUGCCACAAACCAGGUGGCUGCGAAUACCUGAGGCAAAUUUAUCACAUCAUCCAGCUCAAUGAGGAGAGGCUGAAUGAGAUAUUGUCUGUCCAGGAUUCUGACAGAGACUCAGAGCAAUCAGGAGCCUUCCAAAUGACUUGGACCAGCGCAGAACAAAUGCUGCCACCCUUUAACCCGCUGCACAUGUUCCCUCUCCCCAAUGAACUUCUAUCUCAGGCUACCUUAGCUGAAUCAAGCUGUGAUUGGUCAGCGUUACUCCCGGUCUGUUUGAAAAUGAAUACGGUGACAUUCUCUGCACUGCUAGAACACAGGUGGGAGGCCAAAGAUGAACAAAGUCUGAGUGAAGAGGAAAAGAUUUUACUGGAACAAGUUAGACAAAUGACUUUAAAUGGAAACGCAUCUUCUUCAAAGCAGUGACCCUCAUCUCCCUCUUAUUAAACCUCGUUCUUGUCACAUUGAAGCAAGUCAGGCAGAACCUACUGGCUAUCUGACAUUAUAUGUCCUUGAUUCUUCAAAACUGUUCAUAAACACAAAAUAUAAACUAUUGUAAUUAUACAUAUAAACAUACAAACACACACAUACAUUAUACAUACAUUGAGAUAUAUAUGAUCUAAAGAUAAAGUAUUUUUGUCCCCCAAAUUAUUAGCCCAUUAAAAUAAAAAGUAAUUUAGGACACUAUAAUGUAUAUAAAUGGGAAAACCAUUGAAAAUCUCGAGCAGCACCAGGAAUACAUGUGCUAGUCUGCCCAAGAUUAACGAAAGCUACUAUAAGACUGUGUAUAUCAGGUCUGUACCGGUGAAUACUACAGUCAGAGUCAUCUUAUUGAGAAACCUCUUUGUUGGAGCCGCAAGCUCACACACACAAGAUUGCAGCCUUGCAAUGACAUGUAAUACAGCUCAGUGAGAAGGAGAGAAGACAGGCACACGCUAGCACAGAGCGCCAGACAUUACCGUGAGCUUGGCCUUGCAAUGACAUGUAAUACAGCUCAGUGAGAAGGAGAGAAGGCAGGCACACGCUAGCACAGAGCAACAGACACUUCUGUGAGCUUGGCCUUGCAAUGACAUGUAAUACAGCUCAGUGAGAAGGAGAGAAGGCAGGCACACGCUAGCACAGAGCGCCAGACACUUCCGUGAGCUUGGCCUUGCAAUGACAUGUAAUACAGCUCAGUGAGAAGGAGAGAAGGCAGGCACACGCUAGCACAGAGCGCCAGACACUUCCGUGAGCUUGGCCUUGCAAUGACAUGUAAUACAGCUCAGUGAGAAGGAGAGAGGGCAGGCACACGCUAGCACAGAGCGCCAGACACUUCCGUGAGCUUGGCCUUGCAAUGACAUGUAAUACAGCUCAGUGAGAAGGAGAGAAGGCAGGCACACGCUAGCACAGAGCGCCAGACACUUCCGUGAGCUUGGCCUUGCAAUGACAUGUAAUACAGCUCAGUGAGAAGGAGAGAAGGCAGGCACACGCUAGCACAGAGCGCCAGACACUUCCGUGAGCUUGGCCUUGCAAUGACAUGUAAUACAGCUCAGUGAGAAGGAGAGACGGCAGGCACACGCUAGCACAGAACGCAAGACACUUCCGUGAGCUUGGAAGUGCAAUAAAUCCCCCCUGGAUUUCAGAUGGACAGCCACAGAGGUGUUCCUGGCCCCAGUUAUAAGAGUGUUUAUUUCUAUUUAAAUCUGCACUUGUAUAAACUGUCACAUGCGGCAGACAUAUGAAGCUAUUCAUCAAGCUCAGGUGCUUUACGUGUGUGGAGUGUUUAUUUUAUUUCCUAAGCUAAAGUAAGCUGUGACGUGGGAGUAUAACCUAAAAUCAGGGAGAGUGGAACAGGUAACAUGUAUGUCCCAGGGUACCUUGAGAAUAAAGGAACUGUGAAAACCCUUGCACUCACCCUAACACUUACUGUAGUCCUAAUCCUUACAGGUUGCUAGAAUUUUUAGAUGCAUUAUUUUCCCAUAAUUCACAGUUCGCCAUUAUGUAUAAUAUAUGCAUAUUUUUCAACACACAGACUGCAUUUUUUUAGAGCAGAAUGCACAGUUUGACGGACUCUGUGUAAUACCCCCUAAUAUCAGGCCUGCUCUAAUACAUACAUGUCCCGGUCUACUCCCGAUUAAUGGGAGUUAAGCUACGAGGCAUCAGCUGCAGCCAUUAUAAUUUAGCCCUCUUCUAAUUUAGUACAGGUUAUGUCUCCCAGCUCCCUAAAUAGUAAAUAACUGUAGGGAGGGGAGUGCUUUUCUUUUUUGUCAGCAGGAGCAAAUAGCGCUUGAAAAGUUACAGCGGCACCUCACACUGUACUAACACACUCACAGCAAGUGGCAAUAUGGUAGUAGGUUUGCUUCUAGGAAUCGUGGCCCACCUGGCACUGCAAGUAUACCAAAAAGUACACUAAGUAUCAAUACAUUCACAAUCCCAGAAUUGCAAAAGGUUUGUCAUUAUAUAAUGUACACAUUUUCCCUGACAUU